AUGAACGGUGGCAGAUUUGACUUUGAUGAUGGCGGUACCUACUGCGGGGGUUGGGAAGAAGGCAAAGCUCACGGGCAUGGUGUUUGCACGGGUCCACAAGGCAAAGGUGAAUAUGCCGGAGCUUGGCAUUACGGUUUCGAGGUAUCUGGGGUUUAUACAUGGCCGUCUGGGAAUACUUACCAAGGGCAAUGGCAGAAUGGGAAACGCCAUGGGCUCGGAGUCGAGCAGCGCGGUCGUUGGAUUUAUAAAGGUGAGUGGACUCAAGGAUACAAAGGCAGAUAUGGACAUCGGUUGUCGAUAACUUCACAAGCUAGAUAUCAGGGUACCUGGUCCGCAGGUUUUCACGAUGGUGCUUAUCAAGGACAAUGGUUACGUGGUAUGCGACAUGGAUAUGGUAUCCGGAAAAGUGCUCAGCAUAGUGUAGCAGCUAAAUUCCGAUCUCGGUCACGUACUAAUGCAUCCCUAACUUCACUGAGAUCUGAGUACGGCGAGGGUGAGGAGAGCGAGAAGAAGAAUUAUGAUGAAACAAACGAAAAUCGAGGUGGCUUUGUGCUGAAAGCUUGUAGUAAAGCUCCUACUAGACGUCGGUCUCUUUCGGAACGCUCAUUGGCUGUUAAGCGAACGAUCCUAAGUGGUUUACGAAUCAAAAAACAGCAUUCAACCGGUGAUAUACAUCAACAUGUCACUACCGGAAGUUUAAGAUCAAGCGGUAGCACCGUCAGCUGCACAUCAGAUGAAUCGGAACAUCGGCAAGGACGGGAGAAUCUGGUCGUGUCUGAAGAAAAGCAAAUUGAGCCGAAUACGACUGAAAUUUACAAGGGUGAGUGGAAAAAUGAUAAACGAUGUGGAUUUGGUGUUGGUGAACGAAGCGAUGGCCUGAAAUAUGAAGGGGAAUGGUUCAACAAUCGAAAAUGUGGCUAUGGGAUUACAACGUUUAGAGAUGGCCGGAGAGAAGAAGGAAAGUACAAAAAUAAUGUAUUGAUAUGCUCAAAUCGUAAGAAAGGGUUGCUGUUUGUACGCUCAUCAAGGUUGAAAGAACGUGUUGGAAAUGCUGUUGAAGCUGCCAAUCGUGCUGCCACUAUUGCUCAACAGAAGGCAGACAUAGCUGUAUCACGAACAACAACAGCUAAGGAACGCUCUGAGCAAGCCGACUAUAUAGCACUACAAGCUCGUGAAGAUGCUGAUACAGCUAGGAUGUGUGCGAAACAAUUUGCUCCAGAGUUCAGGCAACCUGGUACAGAGGCGAUUCGAGUUCAGAUGAACUGCCUGCAACAGCAGCAUAAUACUACUACUACUACUACUAACACAAACCAUGUCUCUUUCGAUUCACCACCCACUUCCAAAAGUUCCCAUGAAUCGCGUGACCUCACCGAUGAAAUAGUCGUCUUGAAUCCUCCUUCUUUACCAGGUGCCACAUCGGAAGUCAUUUAUUCACCUUCGCAACAAUCGCACACUCCAGGCGGUACAUUAUACCAACCUCAGCAGCUGGUCAAUCUAGGUUCCUAUCAGCAAGGAAUUGUGGCUAACUCAGAUGUUGAUUACAUAUCUUCAUCAUUUCAGCAGCACCAUCAGUCCAAUCCUGGUGCCUAUCAGAGUAGUUCUGGAUUUCAGACUAGCAGUGUAACAUCAAUCUACCAGCAACAGCAACAAUCACAACAGCAGCAGCACAAUGUUAAUUCAGUUGGCUAUGCGGGUCAGCAACAAACUUCCACAUUUGGUUCAACUUCAUAUCAAAUGUUGCCAAAUGUUUCUUCACAUAAAGUUGCUGGCGGCUAUCAGUCCAACACUCAGCUCCCUGUUAUUUCGGGUACACCUCUACCGGUUGUUCAUGUGCCCUACGUUUCCUCUUCAUCAUCGUAUCACGCAAAUGCAGUGCCUCAUCAUAAUUUCAAUGUAUCACAUCUAUAUCAGCAGAAACAGCAACAGAAUUUGCUUGCUUCAUACCCAGGUACAGGAUUUGCAAUACCAGAACAGCAGUCGUUCAUCUUGCAUUCCGAUAUAACCUCUUUAGACCAACCGAAUAAUACGACUUCUAAUAUUGCUGGUGAAUUACAACAGCGUCAGUUCGGCAGUGGCACUAUGGAUCCACGUUCCAUUGAAAAUAUCAGUCCAGCAUCUUCCAGAAGUUUAUUACAGAAUUUAUAUAGGCGUUCGACUUUGGCGACGGCUAGUGAUAAACGAUUAGAAAAUGUAGUGAGGCGAGGACGAAGGGGUAGCGGUGGUGAUGAUGAAUUCGAAGAGGCUGAAGGACGAGGCUCAUUGCCAAAUCUAGUCGAACUUAAAGUAACUGGAGUGCAUCUAAGGAGAGAGGAAGCGGCUCGACUUGCUUCGCAACAACGCCAAGAAUUGCAACGCCUUCUUGAGGAAGAACAGUUGUUGCGUAGUAAUCCUCUUCGGUAUUUAUUCCAUCCUGCUUUAAAGGCGUGGAUAAUACGAUGGAAAAUGCCGCUCGUGCUUUCGGUGGCCAAUAUUUUCCUAUUAAUGGUCUUCUAUAAUCUUCUCACUUACGAAAAACGAACGCGUGAACGCCGAUGA